AGAUGAUGGCGCCACUGAGCUCGACGUCGAGGGUGCUCUGGACGGCAGCGCUGGUGCUGCUGGUCGGUGGUCAAUAUGGCAGUCGCUCUUUUCAGGGUGGGUCAGUGACCCUGGUGGCGGCGGAGGAGGUGGAGGAGCCCGUGAUUCAGCUGACUGAUGAGAACUUUGAUCAUGUUCUCUCCGAUUAUGAGGUGGUGCUUGUCAACUUUUAUGCCGACUGGUGCCGGUUCAGCCAAAUGCUCAAGCCUGUCUACAAGCAAGCCGCGCAACUCCUGGGCUCGAGUGUCAAUGCCAAGCUGGGCCAAGUGAACUGCGAGGAUCCACGCGCUCAGCACAAAAAGUCUGAAAAUGGCAUCACCAAGUACCCCACCAUCAAGGUCUAUCGCAAUGGCAAGGCAUUGCGCUCCGAGUAUCGUGGUGCACGUACGCCAACGGCCAUUGAGGCUUUUGUGCGCGAACUUUUGGCCGACGCUGUUUUCAAUGCCCAAAGCAGCGAAGAGGUUGACAAGUUUGUCGCCCAACACCACAAGGCUGUUGUGGGCAACUUUGCCAGCGAAGAGCACCCCUUUGUUUCCACCUUUCGCGACAUUGGUGAAGGCAUGCGCGAUGAAUGCCGUUUCGUCUCGCGUUUUGGCCCCGUGGCGGGAGGUCAAGAUUUCAAGUUUGAAUUCCGCACCAAAGCCGACUACCACACAUUUGGCGGCGAACUGACGGAAGAGGCCUUUCGCACUUGGGCCACCGAAGAGUGUACCCCUCUGGUUCGCGAAAUCACCUUCUCCAACGGCGAGGAGCUGACUGAGGAAGGUCUUCCCUUUAUCAUUCUCUUUUACAACCCCAGCGACAUGCACGCCGUUCAGCAGUUCACACGCGUUGUGCGCAACCACCUCGCCAAGUUUCGUGGCAUUGUCAACUUUAUUACUGCGGAUGGCACCCUCUUCACGCACCCUCUUCAGCACGUGGGCAAGUCUCGGGCGGACCUGCCCAUCCUCGCAGCCGAUACUUUCCGUCACAUGUACCUCUUCAAGAACUUUAAGCGCAUCCACCGUGAUGGCGUUCUGGAGAGCUUUAUCAACGACAUUUUGAGCGGCAAGAUGCAUCAAGAGCUGCACAACCCCCAACUCCGUCGCGAUGCGGGUCAGGACCCUUACGCCGACGUUUACAACGAUUACGAAGACGAGCCGGAUCCUGAUGCACGAAAGGAAACAAUCAAGGAGCAGCUCGAGGACGCACAGCAGCUGAAACAGCAGCAGGAAAAGAACGCGCAGGCCGUUCAAGAUGCCGAAUCUGCAAGCCAACGCAAGGCACAAGAUUUUAUCAAUCAGAAGAAGGAACAAGCGGCGCGUACCGGCGGCGUGCAUGCGACCGAGGCAGUCGAGGCCAAGGCGUCCAAGGAGCACGAGGAGGCGGAUACAGAGCAUGCCGUGCCCGUGCGCGUGCGCUCAGUCAUGAACCGAUUAUCUCCUUCAAACAAUCGUUACACGUUGCUGCGUGAUGAACUCUAAAUCGAGCAAAACAGGGGAGAAUUGUUUGGUAUCGGAGCCCUGCCCUGCUUUUCUCACUCACUUUUUCUCUUCCAGCUCCCAAUUUUUGUUUUUGGGGCACGAAAAUGCCACAAAGAGAGCGCUCUGCGAGUCGCUGCCCAAAUGCUUUUGGCUUUGUGCAUUGCGCCUGUUCCAUUCCUGCUUCUUCGGUCCUUGUGCUCUUUGUCCGUGAUCGUUGUCAUCAUCUUCGUUCCUUUUCUCUGCUUUUUUUUCUGAGUGUUUCGCUUGUUCCCAAUUCAAUUGUUUG